AUUAUAUCAAACAAAUCAGAAAAUCUUAUAUUAUUAAUGCUGAUAGCAAACGUAAAGUUUGGAGAUUAUUAUUAUGAGGUUCGCGAAAAUAUAUGACACAUGAAUUAAGCUUGCAAGACGAAGUUUAAACGUGUUUACUGCAAUUUUUUUAUGAACAUAAUGGAUGAGGAAGACUGUUUAUUCCGAAAGGCAAGUGAACAUGAUCCGAGCUUGCUGGAGAGUCUGGAGAAUCACCGAUCUCACGACAUAAACAAAAUCCUUAAGAGGUUGGAAGUGUUCAACCAGCAAAUUCAAGGCCUCAUACAUUCCCCUGCAUGGACUUCACCGCAGGUGCACCGUCUACUUCUGAAGUUGUUGAAGACAUACUUACACACUGCUGAUUCCAUCAAGAUCUCUAGAGCAGUGGAAAAGGUUUGGAAUCCAUUUCUAAAGGAACACAGCACUUUCCUUAAUGAGCAUUUGACUGGCCUGGUGUUUGAAGUCUUGAAUCAAGUUGAUAUUGAUUGUCAACUAUUCACAAAAGUUUCAGUAUUGCUAGAGCAGAGCAAGCUAGUACAGGCAGUGUUUCAAGGAAACGUUGCUCCAGCGUGUGGCAUAGUUUGUGGUCAUCUUAAAAGCAUUAUUCAAUUUCCUCCGUUGGAAUUGUCUGCUGCCCAGGGACAGCUGUUAUAUGCCCUUGUGAAGAUUUGCCUGCAGUUGUUUCAAGUGUGCCGAGAACACUUCCAGCUUGCAUUGUGGUCUGAAGACUGUGAUGUAAAAUAUUCUGACCAUGCUUCAGCUAUAGCAAGAUGUCUGAUACACAUUUUAAGCACUCAGGGUUAUGCCACUGAUUGUGUUCUGUUAUGUGGAACAUCUGUGGCUUUGAUGCUGAACACCUGUCCAGAUCCGAAUAAAGCAGCAUCCAUUAUAAUUGCAAUCUUCAAGGCUGUUACUUUAGCAGAUGAUAGGAACAACAGCAUUGACUCUUUAAGAAAUAUCACAGAAAUAAAUGCAAGUAAAAUCACAGUUAUGGAAACAAAAAUGAAAAAUUUAUCAUCUGAAAGCCUGGGCCCUGUGGCAUUUUGCAGAGGAGUAGUAUCAUGUGGACAUUUGAAUAUCCUUUUAUCACCAUGGAGACCUUGCAAAGAGAACAAUGAAAGCCUUUUAAGCAGAAUGUAUUCAUUCAUUGUCUUGCUAUGUCAAGGCUCUAUCACCCUUCAUUAUCAGUCGUUCCAAAUUCUGUUACUGUGGUAUUCAAGGUUGUCUAAAAUUCCCACCGAAAAGGAGAGUUCCAUAUUUGGUACUGAAUUUUCCUCCACUCUGGAGAGCACAUGGAGUCUUUUGAUUCUUAACUGGGACAGUCCUGUGGAAGAUGUGCCAGAGAUUGUUGUGGAGGUGUUCUCAGCUAUGAUGCACAUUUGGAACAACAAAAAAACAUUCAGUCCUAGAUUUGCACAGGGAAUUCUAAAGGUGCUCUUACAGACACCAUGGCAUGUGAAAGGGAAAUACCGCAUAUUCGGUGCUCUUCUAAAGUUUGUUGAAACCAAGUCCAUGUGUGAGAUGGGUGAAAUCCAGUGCCAGCUGCUAAAGUGCCUGACAACCAACCAUCUGUCUUCCUGCUCUACUGCACUCUACAAGUCUUUCUUGGAAAAGUUGAGUGGCCAAGAUAACAGUGUGGAGCAAUGGGAAGGUAUGUGGCUGUCCUCCAUGAUAGAAGGACUCACCAGCAACGACAGUUUGUUGCGUUACAACACAAGCCUUCACUGGAUCCCAGUCACCCUGAAGCUGGUUGCCCAGGCUGCUGAAGUGAUCCAGUCCUACCUGGUCUCUGAAAUGGACUCUCCCAUCACCCCUACUAGGCGGACCAGGCUAUUGCAUGCUUGGGUCAUUGUGGCCAAGAAUGUCCGCAUUCUGACUGGGAAAUCUGACCUAUCUUCCCCAUUGAUACGAGAGUCUCUGUACAGCGCAGAUGAGGAUGUCCGGUCAGAUGCAAUAUCCACCAUUUGUAACACUCUCAAGAAAGCAGAGAGUUUAUCUGAGGUAGAAAGUGGCUUGUUAAAGGACUGCCUGCCCUCCAACAUAAAAGUAGACUCGGCUCCUUUCAGACAACAUCUUGGAUCUGACAUCAGGAAGCUCCUUGUGCGUCUCAGAGACAGCUGUGUCACUUUACUGAAGAACCCAGAACAAAAUCAGACUUGUCUUGACUGUGCCAUCAAUUUUGUUGACUGGUUACACAGACUGUGCAUAUCAGGGCUGUUGCCAGGCGCAUGUUACCAGCGACGCAAGGGCAGCUUGGACCUACUGCAUGUGGUGUAUGAAACACUGAUACAUGUGCCUGACAGUCGACAAAGAAAGGGCUUUGUACCUGAGACAGCCCUGAAGGUGGUGGAGCAUGCAGGUCCACGCUGGGACUUCUUCACUUCAGCAAACACACGGACACUGCUCACAUGUCUCCUGGAUGGGGCAGAAGAAAUUCGCUCCUCUGUGUACCUUCUGCUGACAAGGUUCUAUAGAUUGCCCCUCCAAAACAAUGUGUCAACUGCAGAAGACUUGUGCUGCCACCUGGUGACAGAGGCACUGAGACUGUGUAACAGUCCCAAAGGUCAGGAAGGUCAAACAGGGGCCGUGCUGUGUAAACUGAUCUUCCAAAAAUAUGUCAUUGAAAGCAACUACAUGUAUGGCAUCACAAUCCGUGCCAACGGAGAUGGCUACAGUGUCACCGUAACACCUGGUUGCCAUGGUAACAAUGAAGGGAUGUUCCUUGGGAGCCUUCUCACAGAAACAAGGAGAUGCUUUGCAGAGGCUGAGAAGAACCUGGUCAAGGCCUCCAAGGAGUAUCCAAUACAUGGACUUAUAUCAGCCCUGACUGCAUGUCUCUGUGAUGUGGGUGCCAGGCAAGAUACAGAUGUAGAGAGGGGCACUCUAGCAGUCUCACUGGCUCUGGUGACUCUAUGUCAGAACAUCAUAGACAAGAUGCUGUCCAUCAUGGCAGGGGUAGCUGGUCAAGAGGCAUGUCCCUCAUUUGCUGAGAUAGGAGAGGCCCUUGAGAACAUUUUGCUUGAGGGGUCUGGGGACUACACAGAGGGGACUGCACUGUCCUCAGAGUACCAGUACAUGUUGUCUUGGUGCUGGAACAACAUCAAGGAAUCAUGCACAAGUCUAGGGGAGAUUACUCAAAAAUUGGUUACAAGAACCACAGAGUUACCUCCAUCCUUUAUACCCAGCAUCAAGUCCACAUUUCUGGCUGUGCUCACCAAAUGUAGACACAAGGGAGUCAUAGAAGGGUGUCGUGGUGCCUUUGUCACCUUCUGUUCAGCCUUGUUCAGCAGCUCUGAUGAGUCCGUGUACAGCAUUCCUGCGGGAAUACUGCGAGAGGUGUUGUUGAGUUUGAAACAAAAGUCAAUACUGAGUUCAGUGACGCGCAGAUCUGCAGGUCUGCCCAUCAUUGUGCAAGCCAUUAUUGUAAGCGAGAAACAAACCAAGAAAAACAUUCUACUGUGUGAAGCCUUAUUAGGACUGUUUGACCUCUGCAAACUCCCACUUGACAUUGACCCAGGGGUCACUGACCUUCCCCAGGUGCACGGAAUCAACAUGCUCAAUACACUGUUCUCAGAGGCCAGUCUUUCAGGCAGCCUGAUUGGUCACACUGGUCAUGUGACCAUCAUGGUGGUCAGGCUGUUUGGGUCCCCAUCCUGGGCCGUGCGGAAUGCGGCCACUCGCUUGUUCAGUACACUGGUAACAAAGCUUUUUGGCCAGAAGAAAAGUCAAGAAAACAAGCUGUGUAACUCUGUCACCUACAAGGAAUUUUCAGCCUAUUAUCCAGAGUUGCCUCCCUUUUUGCUGGAAGUUCUUAAAGAGGCUAGCGAAAGGGAUCUGCAGAAUAUCUGUACAAUACACCCAUGCCUUUUUCCUGUGUUGACCCUCCUGUCUAGUCUCAACCCAAUGGACUCUCAGGAUGGCAAUCUGAAAGAAGAGAUGGAUGUGUACAGGAACCUUAUUAAAAGGUUCACUGCUAGUCCUGUGUACCAGUUGCGUCAUUUGGUGGCACAAGCCUUGGUCGCCAUGGUAACGAGAGAAGACAUGAAGUCAAGUCUGAUGUCCUGUCUUGAAGUCAGCAUCAGUUACUCUGUGAAUGAUGUCAACGUGAACAGUAUCCACGGAGACCUUUUGUUUGUACAGAAGGUUUUGGAGUACAUCGCAAGUGCCACCAGUGUACAUGCCGUGUGGCAGGAGCUUGUAGGGAAGGCGUGGUUGCUCAACUCAACCAAUGGCAUUGUGUCAGGGCUCUAUCUACAGAUCUUAACAACCCUCCUAAAGUGUCUCCAAGAUGUGGAUGUACCUGCACAUCUUGUGGAGGCAGUAAGCAAAAUCUGCCUCCAGGAUAAAAAAAUCAUUGGUGACAGCGUAGUCUGCCAGGCAGGUGUCCACUUCCUGUUGGCAGCCAGUGUGCAUUCUGGGAAGAGCACAUGCACUCUGAUUGGCCAGUUAAUGUCAGCUGACAACCUCGAGACCAGGAAAGCCUGUUUGCAAUUCUUAUGUGACAGCUUAGAUGAGCUGGAUAUUGAUGACCCAUAUGAGAUCAUAGACCAGCUUGCCGAAGCUUUCUGCAUGGAAACUUACCUUCAAAACUGUUAUCAGAUCCUAGACCUGGUUGCUAGGUUGAACCUAAAGUAUGACACUCGGAAUUUGGAUACCUUUGAGACAUUGGGGAGUUGCACUCUGGACCCUCUUGUGUGGGACUUUACAGGCCACUCCUCUCUUAUGAUAGUGGUGGAGGCGAUUGGCAUAGAGCACGCUGGUUUUAUGAUGGAACUUCAUGGGCUGCCAACAAACAGUUGCUCGCUGUCAGUUGCAGAGUUCUGUUCCCGUGUGAAGCAGUGCAGUCUGGGAACCAAUGAGACUGAGCGUCUAUCAGCUGCCAGAGCACUGCAGAUAGCUGGUUCCAGGCUACUGUUGGUAACACCUCCUGGGAACCACACUGUGGAUUUAAUGAGCGCCUGUUUUACGCUGAUUCAGGAUGAGGACUCAGACAUUCGCACAGAAGCUUGUGUAUUUGUCUCACAGAUGCUAAAUGAUGCCAAAAUAUCCCAGUAUCCAAGUUUGCAUAGCAAUCUGUGUUUUGCAGGGUUGCUUCAGUAUUUCUCAAGUGCUUUCUCAAACUACCCAACAUGUGUUCAGUUUCUGUUUGACCAUUUGACACCCAACAAUGACCUGGCCUCAGUUCUAAAGGAGAGAGUAACAGGACGCUUUAGCCAACUGUUUGACCACGAGGACAACAGCUUCUUCGCGGAGAGGAUCUACAACAGUUUUGAAGUACACAGGUGUAUCAAGGCUAUUAUGGAACAGUGUAACAAAGAAGGGAGACAACUACCAGUAACAGUAGCUAACAAUCAGUGUAGCUGCCUGGUACAAAGUCUCCAUACACUUCAUGGCCUUCUGAACCAAUCAGCACAUGGAGAGGUUUUCAGCGUGUUUGAUGACAGUGUUGUUGUUUCGAAUACCUUGGAAGUUUUUCUCACAUGUGAUAUAGUGAAACACUUGGAUGUGGCUGAGAGUAAGACUAUACGAGAAUUAGUGUCAAACUUACAGAUGCACAGAUUGCCUCCUGCUGUUUAUACAGCCCUUCCUUCAAGCCUUUCUACCAUUUAAGGAGAAUCAAGUUUUUUCAACUCGCAGAUACGAUCAGCGCCGUAGAUAAGAAUUUUCAACGUAUAGCACUGUUGUUGACCUGAGAUGCGUUUAAACAAACCCUGAUUGUACAACUCAAGGAAAUAAUUGAUAAACAAUAAUCGAUUUAAUCAAUUUGAAAUUUUCGGGCACCUCUUUCAAUGUUAAAAACAGUUAUCGAUAUAAAUUUAUUUUAAAACAAGCUUGCAGCAUGAGUUAAUAUGUCAUCAUCAAUUAGACAAAAAAUAUUUUGAA